AUGGCGGCUGUCCGUGAGUCCUGCGGCGCAGCCGCUUCGUACCGGCUCUUUCUUGCGGGUAGGGUUAGCUUUGCCCGGGGACAGGGCCUCCGGAAAGCCGCGACUGCUAAGCUGCAGAGAAUUCCCGGAUGCCAGAUAUUAAGGCUAAGACGCACUACAGUUGUAAUAACAAGGAAAAACGUUGCAGCCUUAAGACAAACUUACACAGUGGAUUUUACUAAAAAGCAGAUUGAAGAAUUCAACAUAGGAAAGAGACAUUUAGCCAACAUGAUGGGAGAAGAUCCAGAAACUUUUACCCAAGAGGAUACUGAUAGAGCGAUUGCUUACCUUUUUCCCAGUGGUUUGAUUGAGAAGCGAGCCCGGCCAAUAACGAAGCAUCCUGAAGAGAUUUUUCCAAAACAAAGAGCAAUCCAGUGGGGAGAAGAUGGCCGCCCAUUUCAUUUUCUCUUUUAUACUGGUAAACAGUCAUAUUAUUCAUUAAUGCGUGGACCAUACGGAAAGCUACUAGAUGUAGAAAACCGUCAAGACCAGCUGCGAGCCAAAGGUCUGUUUUCAGAAAAAACUAAAGCCAAAGACCCGACUGGCAGCAGAUGGCUGAUUAAGGAAGAACUGGAAGAAACGUUAGUGGAAAAACUGUCAGAUCAGGAUUACGCACAGUUCCUUCGGCUGCUGGAAAGGUUAUUGGCGUUGCCGUGUGACGCGGCUGAAGAAUUUGUGAGCAGGUUCCGCAGGAGUGUAACCAUUCAAUCGAAAAAACAGCUGAUUGACCCUUUGCAGUCUGACGAGAAGGGUAUGGCCUUCAGCACAGUCCAAGGUAACAGAAAGACUGCAGAGGCGGAAGUGGCUGUUUAUGACCAUGGAAGUGGGAGGAUAGAAGUAAAUGGGGUCGACUACCUGCUCUACUUUCCGGUGACUCAGGAUAGAGAACAGCUGACGUUCCCUUUCCACUUCCUCUACCGGCUUGGAGAACACCACGUGACCUGCGCGGUGUCGGGGGGGCGGGGCAGACGGGCGGCGCAGGCGCAGGCCAUCCACUUGGCGACGGCGAGAUCCUUGUGCAGCUUUGUCACCGAGGACGAGGUCGAGUGGAUGCGCCAAGCGGGACUGCUUACUGCUGAUCCCCGUGUGAGAGAGCGGAAGAAGCCAGGCCAGGAGGGAGCCCGCAGGAAGUUCACCUGGAAGAAGCGCUGAGUGUUCUGGGCGGGAAAGGAGAGGGACGCUGUGCACCUGGCAUGUGGCAGACGCGCAGGAGACAGUUGCUGGCCAGGGUGAAGCAGCACCAUCAGACGUUUGAGUUGUGAGAUGAUUUAUUCUAAAAUGCAAUGUCGUAAAGGUUACCUUCUAAAAAUAAUUAUUUAAAACUGUU